AUGGUCACGAGCAAAUCAUUCUCAAUGAACAGCACAAAUUCUCGCAAAAGUCCAGACACAGAAUCCAUGGAUCGAUCGCGUGCACAUCCUACAGACUUCUUAUCUCUACCUCCAGAGCUCAGACAGGAAAUCAUACAUUUGACCCUCUCCCCCCAACGACUACGCGCACGUCUGCUGUCACGCUGGCAGCUGAUAUACAUCAAAGGAUUCUCAACUGUUGCAGAAGAGGUCAUUAAAACCGAAUCGACGCCCUGGCUUAAGAUCGGCGGUUUGAUUGCAGAGGACAUGGCUUACGUGCAAAAAACUUGGUCACGUGCAGCAGCCGCACAGCAAGCUGAAGUGGAACAUUUCGCUAGGCAGCAUGCAACAUUGGCGAUGGCUUACAUGCGCUCAAAUCACUGGGAUCAGGAUUUUGAGGCUACGAAGAACGACGCGGAGGUAACUGCCGCCAAGAUCCGAGAGCAGGUGAGAGCGCUUACAAUGGACAUCAACUACUUAAGGGAGAGGAACAGCGCACAGGCGGUGAGACGAUCUGUAUUAGGCCAAGUAAAGUACGAGAGCAAAGUGUAG